UUAAAAAAAUAAAGAGUGUAGUUGUUUUUUUUUUUUAAUUCACUUGCACUACAUAACCCAUGGUGCCCGUGGGCACGACGUCGUGCUACGUCACAUGUUUUCCUGCCUCACGCGGCCACUCCGUCGGGCGCAGCGGAGCGGACGCGGCCAACAUGGCAGACGAGGAGGACUCGGCGCCGGACUCGGCGGCGCGCUCUCCGCCGGAGAGCCCCCGCGCCGCGCGGCCUCACUGCGUGUCCUUCUCCGAGAGCGUGCAGCCGGCCGUGGACAUGGUGAGCCAGCUGCUGUCCCACCCCACGUCCCUCAAGUUCGACAAGAACAUCAAGCAGGCCUUCUACAACACGGGCGCGAUGAUCUUCGUGGCCAUCUGCUGCGGCGCGGCCGUGCUGGUCUACUUCAUCCUGGAGGCCUUCCUCCGCCCGCUCCUCUGGGCCGUGCUGUGCGGCACCUUCCUGCACCCCUUCAAGCACUCGCUGGCCCGGCUCGGCCGCUCGUGGCUCGGCGGCCUGCAGGAGACGGGGACGCCCAUCGUGGUGGGGACGCUGCUGGUUCCGGUGUGGUGCGUGAACUACGGGGUGGAGGCGAUGGGGACGGUGGUGCUGGAGAGGCUCACGGUGCUGCUGGUGAUCGGGGCGGGGGCUCCGCUCGUCUACUUCCUCUACCUGUUCUGGAGCGUCAUCGGCAUGCAGGUGGUCCUGGGCUACGCCUGUGACGUCAUCGGGGCCGCCCUGGACUGCUUCCACGCGGCGUGGGUUUUCACCGUGGUGUGUGGCUACUUGCUGGCAGUGUGUUUCAAGUGGAGUCCUCACACCGAGCGCUACCUGAGGGCUCUGGCUCUUCCUGUCUGGGCCGUCCUGCUCUUUUACAUGGCAUCUCUUACCGGCUCAUGGAAAGUGCCUGUGUCUGUGGUUGUUGUCGUACUUCUCAUCGUGGGCUCUCAGGAGAAACCACCUGUUCCCGGCAGAGGGGAGCUCUCGGGACAGGUGCUGUCUUUUGCUGCUAACACUAUUUAUAUGGCGAUAUCCUGUAGCAACCUUCAGCUGAAGACUGGUCCCAGCAACCGUUCCACCAGAGAUGGACCUCAGUCCGUGGGCCCGCUUCCUGCGACGCCCGGGUUUCCUCGGGCCUCGCGUACGCUGCCCGCUGGCCUCUUCCAGAAGGAGAAAAGCUCCCAGAGAGCCAGCGACAUUUACUUCAUCGUGCUGCUCUGGGCCAUAGUCCUGGUUCAGGUCUGGUUCAACCUCUGGAUCCUGCAGCUGCUGCCCAUUCCCGUGGCUGUGUGGGUGCUGAAGAAGCUGGCGGUCCACUUCGGCGUGAUGAGCUUCGCAGCGCGGACCCUCAGCUCGUGGUGGACCGUGCUGGAGAAGUUUGGGCGUGAGCGGGAGGAGGCCCUGCUGCCUGGGCCGAUCAAAGGCCUGGCUCAGUUCCUGCUGCGCAUCGACACCAAGCUCUGGCAUUGGCUUAACAAGCAGAUGAUCGUGUGGCUGGAGCGAUCGCUGGAUAAAAUCAUCAGCAUCUUCAUCAUCUUCCUCCUGGUCACAGGGACGCUGCUCAUGGCGCUGCUGCUCACUGCCAUGGUUCACCAUGAAAGUGCCCACAUCAUUGAGGUGACCGGUAAUCUCAUCAACGAGACCGUGUCCAACCAUCCAGAAUGGGCCAAUUGGCUCCCAGAGGCUCGUGUGGUCCAUAAAGCUCUCAACUCAGCUGCCACUAAUGUCUAUCAGCAUGGCAGAGAAUGGAUAACACAGAAGCUUCAUAAGAUGUUAGGAGACAAGGCGAAUCAGACCGCUGUGAUCGAGAAACAGGUUCUGGAGCUGUGGGACCGACUGUACCACUCCUGGUUUGUGAAGAACAUGACCUAUUCUGGACGCCAGCGUGGUCAGAAAAUGAUGGCUCAGAGACAGAACAGCUGGCUGGUGGACAUCCUGGACUGGAAAGACAUCGCCUCAUUUCUACAAGAAAACAUUGAGACUCUGCUGUCUAUCCUGGAGUCUCUGUGGGUGGUGAUGAGUAGAAACGUGGGCCUCCUCAUCUCCACCAUGACGACACUCUUCACGGUCCUGUUCCACAGCGGGACGGCCCUGCUCAACUUCGCCCUGAGUCUGGUGAUUUUCCUCACCACCCUCUUCUACCUGCUGAGCUCCAGUGGUGAAUACUACAAACCAGUCAAAUGGGUGAUCAGCCUGACUCCUCUCUCCCAGCCCGGACCUUCCUCCAACAUCAUAGGCCAGUCUGUGGAGGAGGCCAUCAGAGGCGUGUUCGACGCCUCCCUGAAGAUGGCUGGCUUCUACGGCCUCUACACUUGGCUCACACACACCAUUUUUGGCAUCAACAUCGUCUUCAUCCCCUCGGCUCUGGCAGCCAUCCUGGGUGCGGUGCCGUUCCUGGGGACCUACUGGGCCGCGGUGCCGGCCAUGUGCGACCUGUGGCUGGCGCAGGGCGAGGGCGUGAAGGCGGUGCUGCUGCUGGUCUGCCAUCUGCUUCCUACCUACUUUGUAGAUACAGCCAUCUACUCCGACAUCUCUGGGGGGGGACAUCCGUAUCUGACAGGCCUGGCAGUAGCCGGUGGAGCCUAUUAUCUGGGCCUGGAGGGGGCCAUCAUUGGGCCCAUCCUCCUCUGCAUCCUGGUGGUGGCAGCCAACAUCUACAGCGCCAUGCUGAUGAGCCCCAGCUCUGCAGUGCCGACGCCAGUGCAGCCGACCUGGCCGGUCCAUCCCAGGUAGCGCCCGCACCCCAAACACGCGCCACCGGUUAUCAGGAUAUCAGGGUCUUCGCUGAGUCCACCCCCUCUGUGUUAAAGACCAAUGAGAGCUAGAGCGCGUGUCCUUGUGGACGUCAUCCUGUAUUCCUACAUCAGUGAUUUCUCAGGAGAACCACUUCCCUUCCUGACGAUCCUCCCUGUUCCGCCUGGCUCUGCCGGAGUCCGGGCCGGUCGAGAGGAGGCGGUGGGUCACGAUGCCGUCUGCCCUCCAGAGCCGCGACGCUGAGCAAUAUGAUGCUGGCCGCCCUCAUUCAAGUCCUUCUAAAUUACAGACGCAAGCACCCAGGCUUAAACAUGGACCAAUGGCGUCACGCUAAUGACUAUAAUUGAUGAAGAUGUUGAUGCUAAUCAAGUCAACGUUCGGAAAUGAGUGCCUACUUCUAUUUUCUAAUGUAACUGAAUCAUACGGUGUGUGAAUCGUAAGUUGCCCUGACUUCACUCCUGCCACCCUGGCUGCGGUGCAGUGUUCUACCUCUCUCCUCACAGAGGCUUGCGUAGGGUUUGUCGAGCUUGGCUUGUGUGAAGAUGAACACAGUUCUUGCCACUGAGAGAAUCGACUGUUUAAAGUUCGUGAUGUCCUUCAUGUUUCAGUGAUAUUACUGUAGCCGUUAGUUGUCAACACUACAUCUCUGCUUUAACCUUUGGUAACAUGUCUUUUUGUGUAUUUUUGGACUGAUGUUAGCACAGAGGGUUGCCAAAGAAAGCUGCUCAUAAUCAUUUUAAUUUAUUUAAAAUAGAUGUCUGUUAUUUAACACACUGUUUUCACAAAAACACACGGUACCAGUCAAAUGUUUAGACACACCUUAUUCUUUGGUUCUGUUGUCGUCUAGUGUGUGGAUGAAGACUGAAGACACCAAAGUUAUGAAAUAAUAGGGAAAAGUGUGGAUUUCCAGUCUCCGUCGGUUCUGAAGUCUUUGCAGCACUUCUCCCUGCAGUGGAUGUUAACAUACACGUGUUAAUAUUUGAGAAGCCUUUAGACGUUUCGGAGGCUGGAAACUAAUUCAUGAUUUUAUCUGCUGCAGGAAGUUGCAGCGCAUAAAAAUGUAAAAACCGUCAGUUACAUUCUAGUAUCGACCCACUGAAUGAGACGCGUCUAAAUGUUUCACUUGUGCAUUUACACUCGAGUAUUUUUGUGAGCACUUUUCACUUUUUCUACGACUGUGACAUCACAUCCUUGAGAAAUGUCAGGUAUCGUUUUUUUUACUCACCUCAGUCACUCCUGCACUCGUCCGCUCUGCAGGUCGUCUGCAGCCGAAGCUUUAAUUAACUGCAGAAAAGUCACAGAAAGGACCACACUGGUAGUUCAGGACUGCCGUGUUAGAACUCUGAGCGUUUUAAUGUUGCUGUGUUUAUUUAACUACUGAGUUUGCACUGACACAAUAAACAUCAUUUGAUGUGCAGUGGCUUUGUUGAAUGCCCAUCUAUAGCAUCUAAUGGUUCUUCUCACAUUGUGGUUUCAGAAGUGAUGUUUUGUAAAAAUAAACAUCUGAAGCCAGAGAAAUAAAUACAAUUUAUUAAUUUUUCAACAGUGGAAACUUGUUCAAAGAUGAACGGAUGCUGUCAGUAUGAUAAUUUUAUUAUAUGUAAUAAAUGAAUGAAUACUCAA